GAACUGAUAUCUAAUUAUUUAUAAUUUCGAUUUAUUUUUUAACGCGUUAAAACUUCACCCACGUUUUGUACAGAAGAUACUAUUUUUUUCUUAAACCUCUGCAAAUUUACAUCCCUUAUAAAAGCCCUAAUCUUGAUUGAUGAUUCAUUCUCCUGGCAUAACGACAGAGAACCUUAAGGAGCCAGGAGACAAUAAUCCUAUAUUUAGACUUGUUUUGAGUUCAGCAGGAAAUCCUUUGUCUGAGCUGUUGCGCCCUGACAGUGUGCUGCUUACAAGGGAAAGCUUUUUUGUUCCCUCAGUGUUUUUCGUGUCUCUGUUAUUUAUUCCCACUAUGAGCAUCCUACACUGAGCUGUUAAAAAAAAAGAAUGUAAACCACCAGAUGUCGCCUAAAACGCGUGAAAGUACCCCUACCUGUUAAUGAUUCAAUUUUAAAAAGUCUAAUUGGAAAUAUGUAUUUAGCAGCUUCUCAGUUCACACUUUAAGUGAAAAUGCUAUUUUUAUGAAGCACGAAUUGUCUUCAAAAGGUGCGUCAGACAGACUUUCCUAAGUGUCGUACUAAAGUCAUCAAUUACAUUCUAAUUCAUAAACUGAAGAUAUGUUAUAAUGGCAGUCUAUAAAAUAUAUUAAUGACAAAUUAACAGUAAGUAAACUAAUUUUUUAACCAAAAGGUGAAAUUAUGAUAUGCAGUAUUGCACGUUAUACAUUUUGAAUUUAUAUUUGAGGUGGGGCGUCUGUCUUACCAUUGCUGUCUCUGAACAUUCAGAAAGCCUCUCCUCUAAACUGACUUUCCAAAUUCCGCUCCUCCCCACUUUGAACUUGGUGAAAAAAACACAUUCAACUGUAAUGAUUACACGAGUUACAAUGGGGAAGGGUCGCGUACACCGGCUGUGUUUCUCCUUUCUAAAACUGACCCGCAGCUUGAGGAGAGGCUCUCCCUCCAAAAGAACUUUGAUUAUUGCGAUUCUUUGUUUGAUCAACUUGUUUUUGUUUUUUUUCAAAGUUGGGGAUUUAGAGCAACACUGGCGCAAGAGGAAUGAGGAACAGAAGCGACACAUCAUUGGGGAGCAUCAUUUGGACGGAGAGCUACCGGACACCUUUGACCUGCAGACCCCAGCUAGUUUGGAGGUCCCUACCCGAUCUAAUGUGGUGUACAUAACGCUAAAAUUCAAGCGUCUUCAACCACAACAUAUUCGAGGUACAGUCCGUCCAAAGUUGAGGAAAAAGGUUAGGAGGAAAAUGAUCUAUCCGUCUAUUACACAAAAAAAACGAUUCCGCGUGGAGGGCGCAGGCCAAUUUAACGGCAGCUCUGCGCUUCGGACAUCCUGGAAAGAACACAGUCCUGUGGACUUUCCCAGAAAAUCUUACAUAGAUGGAACAGACUCUCAAAUCAGUACUAUACGAAUUUACAACCAAAAGGCGCCGUCAUGGUUCAGCACACAGGACGUGAAAAGCAUGCACUUCCUAGCGGAUGCCAAAGUUUUGCGCAUGAAGGAAAUUACUCGUGUGAACGCGCCACCCCUUCUGAUAUUUGAGAGUGUGGAUAUGGACCAUCUGGUUAGCCAAAAACACUUGAAAAGAAAUAAUGUAUGUGGAGGCCGGUGCGGAAUUAUCUACGGUCCUGUGGAUAACACAGAGGUGUUUGCUUUCCAUUUGGACAGGGUGCUUGGGCUCAAUAGGACAAUACCUGCAGUAAGCAGAAAGUUUGGCUUCUUACAUGAUGGCCAGACCUGCCAGGUGGUGCUAUGGGAUGCAUCUCUGUACACUGAAGACCUUGCUGCAGGCCCAGCCACUAUCAGGAUAACAUGGAGGGAGUACCAGAACUUGCUAACACAGAGGUGUUGGCACAGAAACGUUAUCCCCAAGUCUGACUCUGGCUGUUCGUCAAUUUGUCACAGUGAAUGGAGCAAAUUAGCUGUGUUUGACUUUUUGCUACAGAUUCACAACCGUCUGGAUCCAAGCUGCUGUGGGUUCAGGCCUGGGCAGGAGAUUGUGUGUGCUGAACCAGGCCACCAUGCUACUUGUAAGGACCAGGAGAACUUACAACUGGCAAACAUUGUUCACAGGAAACAUGACCUCAGACACCUAGUCUUCACCAACAACAAGGGUUUUUUUGACCGCAAUGAGGACAACUUAGACUUCAGGCUGCUGGAAGGAAUCAAGGAGCUUCCAGAACAGGCCGUGUCUGUGUUGAGGAACAGGAAGCUGAGGGAAAAACUUCUCCAAUCACUUUUUCUGGACCAGAUCUAUUGGGAAAGCCAGGGUGGCCGACACGGCAUCGACAAGCUGAUUGAUGUUAUUGAGAAACGAGCCAAGGUCCUCCUUGCCUACAUCAGUGCUCAUGGGAUCAAAAUUAUCCCGAUGAAUGACUGAUUUAUAUUUUACUACUUAAGAUUUUUUUUUAUUUACUUAAAAGUUAUUUAAAACAAUAAGAUCUGCACCUAAAUUAGAUAAAAGUGAAGACGUAGAAGAACAAUUACAUUAGAACAGCUUAAACACACAUUUCCAUCUCACUGUAUACAUGGUCAUAGAUUGUGGAUUUAUCUCUUUUACAAAAUACACAUUUUUUGGUGAGAAUAUGCCUAAUAAAUAUAAUUGACCAACACCAAA